AUGGCCCACAAGACGCACCCAAGAAGUCUUGAUGCUUUUUCCGGACCUGCAGAACAAGCCACGGCAUCGAGGGUAGAAAGGUUCGAGGCCGAUGCACCUGUCAAGCCAACACGUGCACCUCGCAUCGCACCCUCCAACCUCAAGCGGGAAGGAAAGAAGACAGCCGAUCUGAGGACCUUGCCGACCCUCGGCACGGCACUUGAACAUACAGUUCCAACACAGCGCUUCACGCAGACAGGCCCGGGUAUCUCGACGCUUGGUAUCUCAAGCACAACUGCAUAA